AGUAAAAAUACUCCUAUCGAUUACUGGAAAUUGUCAUACAAAAUUAUUAACUUUAAGGUGAAUCGAUUUUAAUUAAACCGGUCUGAGUUUUUUUUAUAGAAAAGCUGAAUUAUGGCUGGCCAAUUGAGAAGCCAUGUUAGUGAAAUCAGAUUCAUUGCAAGAUUGCUUUUUUAUAUAAGAAAGAUUUAAAGAGAGAGCGUAGAGAGGGGACUUGUAUGUGAGUUAAGAGCACAUUCAUAUGUUACUUUUGGAAGGAUGCUCAUAACCUGUUUGAUGAAAUGCCCAACUCAGGUUUUCAGUCUUGAAAACUCAAUGCGUGAAGUGGAGUAGCCUUUUGCGAGAAACUAAUGGCCCGCAAAAUGCUGCAUAGUUUUCUAACAAAGACUAAACAUCAUCACGCAAGAAACAACGUGAUUAUCACGACGACUCGAUCAAAUCAUCAUUCCGGAUUAGAAGAAGAUGCUCCCGCUAGAGAAUGGUGCGAAGCGGCUUUUUUGAAGAUGAAGAAAUGGAGCCAAUCAUUGAAAGAGCUAGACUUGAUCGGCGGGAGGCUCGUGAACAUCAACGAUCAUUCAAGAGUCUUCGAUGCGAAGCUGGAGAAGAAGAUGCACAUUUUCAAGUCGAUCGGUAGGGAGCUCAUUCUGCUUCCAUCGAUGCAGGAAACAUUGAAGGACAACUUAAGGAAUUCAUCGGUUGAUCAACGAUGCAAAGAGCUGGACUACUUCUGCGGACCCCACGAGAGGGAUGCGCUGACAGUGAACUCGUUGACAAAGGUCGCGGACAUGCUGAGCAUCUCGGCUCAGCAGAGGAAGGUGGUGAGGAAGAACAUCGGCCCACAGGUGACACAGCACAAGAUAUGGACGGGUGCACUCUCUCAGAUACUCAACGGAUUGAAAUCAGAGGUCGAGCUUCUCAAUCUACGAGGACCAACGAACAAGGAGAUAAUGUUGUCUCAGCAGAUUCUUGCUGGCUGUCUCAAGAUCCUUGAAUCAGCAAUGUCUUAUGAUGUUGAGUCCAGUUCGUGGAUGUUCCUCCCUCCCACAAAAGGGGCGAACGCGACAGAUUCUCCCAAAUGGGGAGAUGCUCUCGAGAUGUGCACUGAUCUUGUCAGCUGCCUGAGUGAUGAAAGCGAGCUAGCUUUCCAUGUCUCGAAGCUUGAGGUGAUGAAGGAAGGCCUUUUCCAGCUACGGGACGUGUUGAUCGACAAGAACAUCGGGUACAAGGAGAAUCGGUACCAAGAGCAUUUGGUGCAGAAGAGGCUGACAAAGACGUUAGGCCAUUCGUCAAAAUGCUUGUUCACACUCUUGAUGCACUAUCUGUAUGGCACGGUUGUGGACGUCGAGAUGGAGGUUCGUGGAGGGGUGCAUGUCGUUGGGAUCGGGCAGAAGGUGUGCUUGUACGCGGGGAGGAUCUUGACUGUGGACGAGGAGGAGGUGGUGAGGAGUGGGGUGAAGCAGCUCGACUCGGCCAUGGGGUUGUUCAAGUUCGUGUGGGAGAGUGCGGGGGCGAAGGGGGAUUUGGAGGUUCAGGGCCAUUUGUGGUGCGUUGGAGCUCGGAAUAGGUCGUUUACAUAUAGAGGAAAUGUUUAUUUGGUGCAUGCUAUAAAUCUUUGAUAUGUUGUUAUGUUUUGGUUAGAGUCUAGUUAUCAAGAAUUUGGAAUUGGUAGCAAGCAGCCAAGCAAUAAACUUUAUUUUCUGGUUCUA